AUGGGGGUGGCCGACGAUUUUGCCCCAAGCUUCACGCAGAAGCCGCAGCUGAGGCAGGAGGAUGACGGUAACAAGCUGGUCUUCGAGUGCCAGCUCCUCGCCGCGCCGAAGCCAGAAAUCAGCUGGUACCGCAGUGAUGAACUGCUCAAAGAGGAUAACAGAACACAGUUUAAGAUCCAGAGUCUCGCAAAUAACAAAUACCUCGUGGUGUUAGAACUGGACGACGUGAUUGAAACAGAUGCAGGACUGUACAAAGUCAAAGCUAAGAAUAAGAUGGGCGAGGUGGCCGCAUCCAUCAAUCUUAACUUCAGCCCUGCAGACGAAGAAAAACAGAAACAAGUAGACGGUAAGGCGCCAACGUUCGCGCGCAAACCAGCUAUAAGACAAGAAGACGAUGGGAAACGACUUAUCUUCGAGUGUCGAAUUGAAGCAGAGCCCGUGCCUAACGUCAGUUGGUCCCACAAUGGGACCGGCGUAUCUCCAAGUCCCCGACACAAGCUAACUGUAAACAAGGACGGUAAAUCAUACUACGCAUCCUUGGAGAUAAAUAACGUUACAGUUGAGGACGCAGGCAAAUACAGGGUCACUGCUAAGAAUGAACUUGGCGAGAGUAACGCCACGAUCAGUUUGAACUUUGACAGCGACGAAGCGCCUGUACCCGAGGACUAUAUUAAACCAACUUUCACCGAAAGACCAGUCAUCAGACAAUCAGAAGAUGGUACCAAAAUAACAUUUGAAUGUAGAUGUGUUGGCAAACCGAAACCAACCAUUACAUGGUAUCACGGAAAAAAAUUAAUUAAAGAGAGUAGUCGCUUUAAAAUAACACUCGAAGAGGAUCAAACUCUGUACCAUAUCGCGCGACUUGAAAUAAUCGGCGUAGAAAACGCAGACAAAGGCGAAUAUAGAGCUGUCGCGAAAAAUAAACACGGCGAAGGCGUGGCCAAAAUAAACUUAAACUUCCAAAGCGGGGACAAACCUAAAAUUCCCGACGGUAAGGCACCAAGAUUUCCUAAAAAACCCACAAUCCGACAAGAGGGUGACAUCCUCAUAAUGGAAUGUGUAUUAGAGGCACACCCUGUACCCGAAAUAGCGUGGUUUCACGGAGACAAAGAAAUUAAGGAUGGUGUCAAAAUGAAAAUGUCUAGAAAAGCUAUAGGAAAAGAUACAUAUAACUUAACGUUAGAAAUUUUAAGUCCCACUACGGAAGAUGGGGGGAACUAUAGGUGUAACGCCUUUAACUUGUUUGGUGAGAGCAAUGCUAAUAUUGCUCUGAACUUCCAAGGUGGGGAUGACGAAAACGGUUUCGCACCUUCGUUCGUGGAGAAACCUAGAAUCAUUCCCAACGAAGAUGGCACACUCAUUACAAUGCGCUGUGUCUGCAAAGCUAAGCCGGCGGCAGAAGUCACGUGGUACCGAGGAUCGACCGUCAUUAAAGCUAGUAGCAAAAUAGAAAUUAAAUCAUCACUCAUAAGUGAGGACGUGUACGAACUAGUGUUGCUUUUAUCAAACCCUACAGCAGCGGACGGUGGCGCUUACCGCUGUCAUGUACAAAAUGAGUUUGGAGAAAGCAACGCCAACCUUAACUUGAACAUUGAGGCAGAGCCGGAACCCGAGGGUGAAGGCCCGACCUUUGUCGAGAAACCAACCAUUCAAUCCAAGGAUAACGGUAAACUAGUGAUUAUGGGCUGCAAAGUCAAAGCCAGUCCGCGACCAACGAUCGUUUGGUACCACGAAGGAAAAGAAAUAAGGGACUCGUCAAAAAUCAAGAUCAGGGUCGAAGUAAAAGAGGAUAUAUACACAAUAGUAUUAGAGCUUAUUGACCCUGGUAUUGAGGACUCCGGAUUGUAUAAAUGCAAUAUUAAAAAUGAACUUGGAGAGCUCAACGCGAAUUUAACGCUCAAUAUUGAAAUCAUUCCAGUUAUUAAAGAGAAACCAAAGAUCAUUAAGAUAAUUAAGAAGAAGACUGUGAUUGUUGAAUGUAAAGUAUUAAGUAAAUUUGCUCCAGCAUGUACAUGGUUUAAGGAAGCUAGUGCUGUUAAAGAAGAUUCAAGGCAUACAGUUCUAAUUGAACCAUUAAGAGAAGGAGAGUUUACGGUUAAGUUAGAAAUUUCAAAUGUUAACCAACAAGACAAAGGUUCAUACAAGCUCGUUGCCAAGAACGAAAAAGGCGAAGCCACAUCACAAGUUGUUGAGGUCACUGAUAUUCCUGAAGAAAAGGGUGAUAAGCCGCAGAUUAUCAAACAUUUUAGAAGCUUGGCGCGAAAGGAAAACGAAGAAGCUGAGUUUGUCGCUGUCUUGAAAACAUCUGACCAAUCGUGUAGGUGUACCUGGUAUAAGAAUACAACAGUGAUAAGAGAUUCUUCAGAUGUGAACACGUCAUUUGACGGCACAAAUGCGCGACUUAUCAUACGAAAAGUAUCAUCAAAGUAUGUCGCUAACUAUAGAGUUGUUAUAAGAAACGAAUAUGGUGAAGAUGAGUCGAGUGCAGAUCUGACUCUUGUUGAGGAAAAGAAAAAGAAAAAAGAGGAGGAGGAAGAAGAAACUACAGUUAUAGAAGAAUCUGAAGAAGAAAUGUCGAUUGUAGAAGAAAAAUCAGUAAUUGAAGAGACGUCAAUUAUUGAAGAAAAUCAUGUCGACGAAAGAAAGAGAAAACAAGAAGAUGAAGAAACUACUGUUAUUGAACAGAAAAAAGCACAGGCUAAGAAAGUCACAAAGAAAGAAGAAGUAAAGAUUGAGGCUGAAAAUGAGCAAGUAACAGUUGCAGCGAAAAAAUCUGAAACUAAAUCAGAAGCAAACAAUGUUGAAACUAAAGUUCAAGAAACCAAGAAAACUGAAAUAGAGGCGGAAGAAACAAGAAAGAUUCUUGAAAAGAAGGCUACCAAGACCGAGGAAGAAAAGAAGGCAUUAUUAGAGAAAAUUGAAAGUAAGAAAAAGCCAGAACCGGAGCCUGAAAAGAAAAUUGAAGGUAUUCCUAAACUUAAACCAGUUAAACCAAAGGAAGAACCUAAAGAGGAAGAAAAGACUUCUGUUAAGAAAACAGGAGAAAAGAAGAAAGUGGUUAAGAAGGACGAGUUCGAGUUUGUCGACGAUUAUGAACGUCCAGUUUUGGAAAAGUAUGAACGAAUCACACCAACACCACUUGAAAAAACGCCUAAGGUGGAUGAAACACCAAAGAGUAAACGUGCUUCAAUUUCUGAAACUACAAAAAAGCGACCUGAAGAAAUAAAGGACGAAGAAAAAGAAACAGUUCUCCCUAGUGAUAAAAAAUCGAAAGUUGAAACAAAAGAGCAGGUUGUCGAAGAAACAUCUAAAACGGGCUUUAAAAAGGGUAUUCCUAAACCCGAAGAGCCUGUUGAUGAACUAUCAAAGGUAAAACUUUCAAAGACUCCUAUAAAACCAACACAAGAAGAAAGUGAGGAACCAAAAACUGCUCAAUCUAAAAACAUAGUGAAAAAGCCUGAAGAACAAAAAGAUUUUGUUGAUGAUUAUGAAAGACCAGAUCUUGAAAAAUACGAUAAAGUUACUCCAACUUCAUUGGAUAAGACGAAAAAACAAAACGGCGUUUCCGAGGAGCCAAAAUUAGUUGAUGAUUACGAAAAACCUGAACUAGAAAAAUAUGACAAAAUUACACCAACACCUAAAGACAAACGUCGUUCUAGUGAAACACAGGAGGAGGUAGAUAUUAUGAAGGGUAAAAUAAAACCUAAAGAAAAAGAAGAUGAUCUUCAAAUGCCUACUCUUAGAAAACGAUCUGUAGUUAAAGACAAGGAGGACGACAAAAAACCAGACGAGAAACCAAAACCAAAAACAGCGAGUAAAGACGAAACAAAACCCAAAAAACGACCCUCACUUAAAGAAAAAGAGGUCGUCGAUGAAGAGUUUGUUGAUGAUUAUGAGAGACCGGUUCUUGAGAAAUACGAGAAAAUAACACCAACACCUACGCAGAGAAAGAAGAAGGAAGACAAACCCUUGGAAGAUGAACCCUCCACAACAGCUUUAAGGCGUCGCUCUGUAAAAGACCAAAUUAAACCAGAGCCUAUGGAAAUUGAUGAAAGCGAAGAUAAUCGCCCUGUUUCAAAAUAUCGAACAAAAAUCUCUCCAGAACCGAUGGACGAAAACAGUGAUAUAAAAACAUACGUAAAAUCCAACAUAUCAAAUGACGAAGAACCAAAGCAAAGCUAUUCUUCUCCAUACAAAAAAGAGCAAGAACCAAAUUAUAAUGUCGAUGAUGAAAAGUCUACGGUAACAGAAAGAACAAAGCGUGAACCAUUACCUAAAGAUACACGUCGUCCGAGUGACGUAAAGAAUGAAACUAUCGUCGGAGAAAAAGAAUCAAGAGAAAACGAUGAUAAAACAACACUGCCUGAAAGUAAGAAACCAAAUCAACAAACACAAGAUAAAAUAAAAAUAGAGGGCAAUGAAACAAUAAUGGAGGACAAAGAAAAUAUAAAACCAAUAAAAAAAGAAAAACCUCUAACAAAAAAACGACCAUCACUCAAAACUAAACAGGUGGAAGAAGAAGAAUUCAUUGACGAUUACGAACGACCAGUUCUUGAAAAAUACGAAAAGAUCACACCCACACCACUCGAGAAAAAGAAGAAGGAGGAGAAAACUCCUGAAGAAGUUACGUCCGCUACCGCUCUGAGACGACGCUCAGUCAAAGAUAAAUCAGAGCCAAUGGAUGUUGACGAGAAUGUUAGUUUGUCCGCCCCGAAAAAGCCAGGAAAAACUGAACCUGACAACGUUACAUUGACACAUAAGACACCAGCAGACACGACACCCACGGUGGAUGAAGCUGAAGCGAAAUUGAAAGUUAAAAAACCAGAGAUUGUUGAGGACGCAACGAUUAAACGACCGAAAGACAAAAAGGGCGAGGAUACAGAAGAGUCAGUCAGCCUCACCAAACCCAAAACAAAAACGAGCACAACUGCCCCCGAAGAGGCAUCACUGUCCCAAAAGACACCAGCAAAGAAAAAGCUAACGGAGGGAACAGAAGCAGCUAAGCUCAAAGUUAAAAAACCAGCCGUUGUCAAGAAGGGCGACGUAGACGAUGUUGGGGAACCACUCGCGAUACAAGGCGGUAAGUUCCAAGUGCCACAGCUCAAGAAAACGACAAAGAAAACACAGGAAAAACCAAAGACAGCUACACAAAGUGACAAAGAGAACACUGAAGGGUACGAAUUAGACUUUGUCGAUGACUACGAAAGACCAGUACUCGAGAAAUAUGAAAAAAUGACUCCGACGCCUACUGUUCGUGAAAAGAAAGAAAAAGAGGUUACUCAGACUGAGAGUAGACGUACUUCCGUGGCAUCAGUACAAAAUGAGGUACAUGAAAAAUCCGAAAGCCGUAGAAGCUCCAUUAUUGAAAACAAGGCAGUGAAGAUGACUAAGGAAUCUGCGGAAAGUAGAAAGUCAUCAAUUUCCUCAAUCUCCGAACAACAGCAAGUGUCUUCAAUGAAGAGAGGGUCGCUUAAGACCGCUGUUAAACAGGAAGCAGAGGUGAAUGAAUUAGAGAAAAUUAAAUUGAAGGAUGGAAUCGAAAAUGAAGACAAUUAUGAUAACCCGGAUAAAUAUCCUUGGCGACCUACGAACACAGACACACAGGGCGCGACCGAAAAGACUCAUCCAAAAUGUAGUAUGAGCUUAGAUCAACCAAAUUCUUAUGAUAGAAAUAAUAGACGACGUGGAAGUAAGGCUGAGGAUACUGAAGAUCGCGAAAAGAUUGAGAUCAAACGUAGAAUUUCGUUAGAUAGACCAACCGAGUCGUCUAAUCCCUGGCGACGUGCCAGUAAGGAUCAGGAUGACGAUUCUGACGAUGAUUUCUUCAAAAAGAGAGAAAUUAAACGAAAGACUUCGGUCGAAAGGCCGAGUCAUCCGACCUUUCCUUGGAAACCGUCUAACGAAGAGGAUGAAGAAUUCGAUACGGACACUAAACCAUUAAGUGGAAAUGUUACGACGCCAAUAGACAAAAGUUUAACAUCUGAGGAAUCGCUAGAAAAAGAUAAAUCUAGAAACAAAAACCCGGACGUCAAGCUAGAUUUCAAAGACGAUAGUAAGUCAUUGGAUAAUACGAAACCAGAUAGUAAAUCAUCUGAUAAAAAGGCUGUAGAUUCUAAUCUUGAUGAGGUUAGAACGACGACAAUAAUUACUAAAAAAGAUACAGAACCACAAGAAGCAUUAACAGAUACACAUACAAAACAGAACGUUAAAAGCACUUUGCAAACGAACACGGAAUUAAAUGAAGAAAAAUCUUCAUAUCCUUGGAGACGUCCUAGUAAAAACAUAGAGGUACCAGAAGAUGUAAAACAGGAUAACACAUCGAAUGACACUACACAAAAAACACUGUACCCAUGGAGAAAACAGAAAGAGGUUCCAGUAUUAUUAACACCCGAACCAGAAAAGAAACAGAAUGAGGUACCUUUUUCUUGGCAAGUGAUUCCUGAAAUACCACAGGCCGAACAGACGCCAGAAUUGGAAGACAAUUACAAACCGACACUGCGUGAACCCGAACAAAACACUGUACCAUGGAGGAGAUCUAAAUCUCCACAGGCUGAAAUAAAUAACCAGGACGAGAAAAAGGCUUCGUUAGAAAUCCCUCAAGUUGCUAUUAGUGGCACUCAGUUACCUAACGAGAAAGUUGCAGUAAAAGAAGAAGCAGUGGAGCAAGAAGUAAAGAAAGCAAAGGUUACAUCUGUCAAAAAGAAGGCUGAAGACCUUCCUGAAAUAGCUGAUUAUGAUCGACCAGAUCUUGAAAAGUAUGAGAAGAUUUCACCAACUCCAACAACAAGGGAAAAGCCCGAAAAAGAACCGGCGGCUGAAAAACCAAAGGUACCUGAAAUCAAGGCACCCGAAGAGCCACCAGUCGCUCCCAAAAUUGAAGUCAUCAAAGAGAAAUCACCCCAACCGGAAAUGCCUCGUAAACCGUCUCUAUCACCAGCACCACCAGCAAGACGGGGUUCUCUCAUUCCUCCACCGGAGGAAAUGGGAAGACGCCCUUCGCUUAUCAUCAGUGAUGAGGAGAAUAGAAAACUAAGACCCGGUGAAGUGAUCGAAGAGAAGAAGGUCACGAAAUUACGGCCAGGCGAAGUUUUAGACGAGAGAAAGCGAAGAAAAUCGGGCGACUCAAGACGACCAUCGAUCCAGGAUUUGGAGGAUUUGAUUAACAAGCCUUCUGUGCCAUUGAAGCCACUUGGAAAUGAUGGAGCUCCAUCCAUUGUUGAUGUACAGGAGAACUACAGUGCAGUUGAAGAUCAAACUGGAUACAUUACCGUACAAGUGGAAGGUAACCCAGCGCCGACGUUCAAAUUCUACAAGGGCGUCACAGAGAUCAUCGAAGGUGGUCGCUUCAAAUUCGUCACCGAUGGUGACACCGGCCUCAUCACUCUCUGCAUGCGAAAAGUGAAGCCUAAUGAUGAAGGAACUUACAAAGUUGUCGUCAGUAACAUUCACGGCGAGGACUCGGCAGAAACACAGCUUUAUGUGUCCGAUGCCAGUGGUAUGGACUUCCGUGCUAUGUUGAAGAAGAGGAAAUAUAAAAAAUGGGGUGAACCCAAGGAAGACCCCAAUUGGGGUGACCUUAAAGAGGUCGAAAAGCCUCUGCCAGCUCUAAAGAAGGUCGAAAAGAAACAAGAAUCAUUCUUGAAGCCUCUCGUGGAUCAGAAUGCAAAGGAAGGAAAAGAUAAGAAGGUCACAUUCGAAGCCAUCUUCUCGAAACCAAACUCCAAGCCAAAAUGGUUCUUCCGUAAAGAUGAACUAUUCCCAGGAUCUAAAUACAAGAUGACAAAUGAACAGGACUCGUACAAGCUGAUUAUUUUCAAUCCUAAAGUAGAGGACACUGGCAAGAUCACUAUUGAAAUUGGUGGUGUAUCCUGCACUGCUUUCCUCCAAGUUGAAGAACCAGAUCCCACGUAUAACUUCACCAAACAUCUAAAGAAGACCCUUACUGGUUACACAAAACACGAAGUGGUCCUGGAGUGUACUGUAUCAAACAGUCUUGCUAUUGUAUCUUGGUGGAAGGGCGAAGAGAAGAUUGAAGAUAACGACGAUAUUUCCAUUUCGAAGGACUUGUCGGGAGUCUGUAAAUUGAUAAUUAAGAAGGCGAAAUUGGAGGAUGCUGCUAAAUACUCGUGUAGGAUUGAAAAGCAAACUGAUAAGACUGAGUGCGACCUUAAGAUUGUUGAAUACCAAUACAAGUUCACGAAAGUCUUGAAAUCACAGCAAGCCAUAGAGAAAGACACGAUUACGUUACUCUGCGAGCUGGACGACGCCGCUGGUGAUGUUAAAUGGUAUAAAAACGAUCAGCCGUUGAAGGUUGACAAGCGUAUAUCCAUAGUGAAGGAAGGCCGGAAGCGCAAAGUCGUCAUCAAGGACGCGAAGGUGACGGACGCUGGAAACUUCAAGUGUGUCAGCAAUGCUGAUGAGACGGCUUGCGAAUUGAUAAUCAAUUACUCUAAUCGCUUCAACAAGAAGUUGAAGGAUACUGAAGGAAUUGAAAGAGAGAAGGUUGUUCUGGAAGUGGAGCUUCAAGAUCAGACCGCAGAAGCUGUUUGGUCGUUCAACGGGGCACCUAUUGUUCCAGAUGAAAGGAUUGAAAUCAAGAACUUGGGUGGUGGUAAACACCAGCUAAUAUUCAACAAAUUGGAAAUGGAGGAUGAUGGUGAAAUCCUCUGUGAAUCUGGCAAGCUUACCUCGUCUUGUAAGCUGACAGUGAAGCAGGGAGAGUCCAAGCCUAUGAUUGAGUGUCCUGAUGAGUUCCACGGUACCGCUGGACAACCAUUCGUUAUCGAGGUGCCAUAUAAAAUUACCGGCACCAGACAAACACAAAUCGAAGCUAAACUUAUUAAGGACGGUAAGAUUCUACCCAACAAAGAAGUUGAAGCUGUGGUUCAACAAGAGAAGAUCUUAUUUAAGAUUAAAAAGCCACUUAGAGAAUUGUCUGGAAAAUACCAGAUUAAGCUGUCUAAUGCGCAAGGCGAAGAUUCGAAGGAUGUGUCUAUUAUCAUGCAAAGUGCACCAACACCACCACAGAACGUGGAAGUCAGUGAGAUCUUCCAAACAUCUUGCGUUGUUACAUGGAAGACGCCUCAGGACGAUGGAGGUUCACCAAUCAUUAAAUACAUUAUUGAGAGACAGGACCUGUCCCUCAAAGCAGCAUGGGACAGUGUGGGUGAGGUUGCUCAUGGUGAACCUACCAAAUACAAGGUGGAAGACCUCAUCCCCAAGAAAACCUACAAGUUUAGGAUCCGCGCUGUCAACAAGAUCGGUUCCAGUGAGCCGGGAAUAUUUGCCAAGCCAGUCUUGGCUAAAGAUCCAUGGGAUGAACCAUCAAAGCCGAAGAGUGUAGAACUAACAGACUGGGACAAGGACCAUGCAGAUCUCAAAUGGGACAAGCCAGAUAACGAUGGUGGAGCACCAAUCACUGGCUACGUCAUCGAAUAUAAGGAGAAAUUCGGCAAAGACUGGGUAAAAGGAACGGAGGUAGCUGGUGAUGUGACGAAAGCGACACAAGAUGGCCUCAAAGAGGGUUGCACCUAUGAGUUCCGGGUCCGCGCCAUCAACAAGGCUGGUCCCAGUGAACCAAGUGACAGCACUAAGCCAAUCAUUGCUAAGUGCAGAUUUGUCAAACCAUACAUUGUGGGAGAAGGUCUACAGAGUAUGAUCAUCAAGAAGGGACAGGUUAUCUCGUUCGACAUCAAAUAUGGUGGAGAGCCUGAACCAGAGGUCAAAUGGAUGAAGGGAGAGGAGAGACGCGGAAAGCCGUACACGGAAAAGGAAAUUAAUGAUGAUGGUGAGCGCAUCACAAUCGACAAAUACGAGAGGAACACAGUUCUGACCGUGAGGAAGACCACGAGACCUGAUAGUGGAAAAUACAAGCUGGUGCUGACGAAUUCGUCUGGGACCUGCGAAAGUAUUGGAGACGUCGUGGUGCUUGACAAACCGAACAGACCGAAUGGUCCAAUCGAAGUUACGGAUGUCAGAGCGGAGAAGGCGACAAUCAAAUGGCAGAAACCAGACGAUUUCAAGGGAUCAGAUAUCACCGGUUACACUCUUGAGAAGUUCGAUAUGGACACUGGAAACUGGAUUCCAUGUGGCGAGACUGGACCUGAACCUACCGAGUUCACGGUGAAAGGUCUCACCCCCAACCACAAGUACAAGUUCAGGGUGCGAGCCGUGAACAAAGAGGGCGAGAGUGAACCUUUGGAGACGGACGGGUUCAUCGUUGCGAAGAACCCGUAUGAUCCUCCAAAAGCACCCGGAAAGCCUACAAUCGUCGACUAUGAUAAUACGUCUGUUACUCUACAAUGGGAGCCUCCAACUGAUAACGGAGGUAGACCUGUUUUGGGAUAUGUCAUCGAGAUGAAAGACAAAUUUUCACCAGAUUGGAUUGAGGUUUUAAAGACAACAGAUACUAAGACUGAAGCCAAGGUGGAGGGUCUUAAGGAGAAGAUGAUCUACCAGUUCCGUGUGAAAGCUUACAAUAAAGCUGGUGUCGGUGAAGCUUCAGAGCCAACCGACAACCAUCUCUGCAAGCAUAGGAACUUGAGACCUCGCAUUGAGCGUAGUACCUUCAAAUCGGUGAUCAUAAAGGCCGGACGCACUCACAAGUGGUCGGUGGACGUCUUCGGUGAACCGCCACCAGAAAAGACCUGGUCCUGGCGCGAGAGCAUAAAACUAGUGAACACAGAACGUAUUAAGAUCGAAAACCAAGACUACCACACUGACUUUACAAUUGUGAACGCCGUCAGACGAGACACGGGAAAAUACACACUCAGGGUCGAGAAUUGCAAUGGCUCUGACGCAGAGACUGUGGAGCUCACAGUUUUGAGCAAGCCUUCGUCGCCUAAAGGUCCACUUGAGGUUACUGACAUCCAUGCCGAAGGCUGUAAGGUCAAAUGGGAGAAACCAGAAGACGAUGGUGGCUCUCCAGUUAAAGAAUACGAGCUCGAGAAGAUGGACCUGGCCACAGGAAAAUGGGUUCGCGUUGGCAGGGUUGCCGGCGACAAGAAACCACUGGAGAUGGAAGUAACAGGCUUAGAACCAGGUCACCAGUACAAGUUCAGAGUGACAGCUGUGAACGACGAGGGCGAUUCUGAACCGCUGGAGACGGAGAAAGCCAUCGUCGCCAAGAAUCCCUUCGAUGUCGCUGAUAAGCCCGGAAACGUUGAGGUCGCUGAUCACGACAACCAGAGCGCAGAGAUCAAAUGGGAUCCACCAAAGUCAGACGGUGGGGCCCCCAUUCAGAAGUACAUCAUACAAAAGAGGCCCAAAGGUGGAGACUGGGAGAAUGCUGCCGAGGUACCUGGCACCGCGACAAGUGGUAAAGUGGACGGUCUACCUGAGGGUGGCGAGUUUGAAUUCCGCGUGAUCGCAGUCAACAAGGCUGGACCCUCGGAAGCGUCAGAGCCAACUAAGAUGACCACGAUCAGACACAAAGCUUUGAAGCCUCGUAUCGACCGAACCAACUUGAAGGCUGUAGCGGUACGAGCGGGAAAGCCUAUCUUCUUCGACGUGAACGUGAGAGGAGAACCGGCACCUAAAGUGCAAUGGUUCCAGAAAUGGAAGGACGUCGAAAAAGAGGUCACGGAGAAUGUAAUCAACGUGGAUUACAACACGAAAUUGGACAUCAAGGAUUCGGUUCGCGCUAUGACCGGCACAUACCGUAUCCUAGCUACCAACGAACACGGCAAGGACGAAGCUGAAGUCGAGAUCACAGUACUGUCCUCGCCAAGCAAACCUGGUGGUCCACUAAAGGUUACAGAUGUCACAAAGAACGGAUGCAAACUGGCGUGGAAGAAGCCGGAAGAUGAUGGCGGUAAACCCGUAACCGGGUAUGUGGUUGAAAAGUUAAACAAAGCAACCGGCCGGUGGGUGCCUGUUGGCAAGACUGAUGACACAGAAAUGGAUAUCAAGGGAUUACAAGAGGGAGAAGAGUACGAGUUCAGGGUUAAGGCAGUCAACGAUGAAGGAGAGUCUGAACCUUUGAAGACAGACCACUCGAUCAUCGCCAAGAAUCCAUACGAUAUUCCUGGAAAGCCAUCCGUCCCGACUAUUGAUGACUGGGAUGUAGACCGCGUGGACUUGAAAUGGGAGGCGCCCAAGAACACCGGUGGUGCACCCAUUACUGGUUACAUUAUUGAGAAGAAGGACAAGUUUGGAACUUGGCAAGAAGCACUUGUCACUACGACACCAGAAUGCAAAGCCCGUGUGCCAGAUCUAAAAGAAGGCAACACGUACCAGUUCCGCGUGAGAGCUGUUAACAAGGCGGGUCCAGGAGAACCGGGCGAGCCAACUCAACCACAUCUUGCUAAGGCCCGAUUCUUGAAACCGCAUAUCAACCGCGACAAAAUGGUCGCCAUACGAGUCCGGGCUGGAACCACCAUUAAGUUGGAUGUCGAUAUCAAGGGUGAACCUCCACCGACGAAGACCUGGAAGUUCGCAAACAAGGUCAUAGAGAACGGGCCUGGCGUGAAAUUGGAAAAUGAAGACUACAACACCAAGCUUCAGAUCUCUGAGUCCUCGUGGAAGAACACUGGUAUAUACACGCUCAAAGCGGAGAAUGAUUCGGGUGUGGACGAAGCAACUGUGGAGAUUACAGUGCUCGACAAGCCCGGUAAACCGGAAGGUCCCCUCGAGGUGUCCGAUGUCCAUGCAGAGCAUGCGAAACUCUCAUGGAACAAGCCAAAACACACUGGUGGUUUGCCACUCUCCGCAUACAUCGUGGAGAAGAUGGACACGAUUACCGGCAAAUGGUCGCCGGCUGGUACCAUCGAUCCGGAUACUACUGAGGCCACUGUUACUGGUCUUGAGCCCGGUCACACAUACCAGUUCCGUGUGAAGGCCCUUAACGAAGAGGGAGAAUCAGAACCCUUGGAGACAGACCAUGGCAUUCUUGCUAAGAAUCCGUACGACGUUCCGGCCCCACCAGGUCUACCGGACAUCGUGGAUUGGGAUGAGAAGUCGGUGAAACUGAAGUGGGAGCCACCCAUCAGAGACAACGGAGCACCAAUUACUGGUUAUGUAAUUGAAGCUAUGGACAGGGACCGCGGGGAGUUCGUCAAGAUGGCUGAGGUCCACGGCAAUGUCUGCCAAGGCACAGUGCCCAAAUUGGAGGAGGGUAAUCAAUACCAAUUCCGUGUGAGGGCCAUCAACAAGGCGGGUCAAUCUGAACCUUCUGAGAACACCAACUGGCACACCGCUAAGCCAAGAUUCUUGAAACCAAGAAUCGACCGCACCAACCUCAAUCCCAUCACGGUAAAAGCUGGUCUUCCCGUGUCUUUGGAUGUCAAGGUAUUCGGUGAACCCCCGGCUACUGUCACUUGGCACUUCAACGGCCAAGAGCUCGCCAACCGUGAGAACUUGGAAAUCAUCAACGUUGACUACAAUACCAAGUUUUUGAUGAUGAAGAGCAAACGCGCUAACAGUGGAAAGUAUGUGAUUAAGGCCAAGAAUGAAGUUGGAGAGGAUGAGGCUGAGGUGGAAAUUCUUGUUGUUGGUAAACCAUCCAAGCCAAAAGGUCCGCUGGACGUUUCUGACGUCACAAAGAACGGCUGCACAUUGACGUGGCAGAAACCUGAAGAUGACGGUGGUUCGCCGAUUGAAUACUAUGAAAUUGAGAAGCUAGAUCCACUUACUGGCCAAUGGAUACCAUGUGGUACAGCGAAGGACUGCAAAGCGAACGUGGCUGGUCUGCAAGAGGGCAAACCUUACAAGUUCAGGGUGAAGGCUGUUAACAAGGAGGGAGAAUCUGAAGAAUUGGAGACUGAUAAGACAAUUAUUGCAAAGAAUCCCUUCGACGAGCCUGGCAAACCUGGCAGACCCGAACCCCGCAACUGGGAUAAAGACUUUGUCGACCUGGAGUGGUCUGCGCCUAAGGACGACGGUGGUGCACCAAUCACUGGCUACAUCGUCCAGAAAAAAGAAAAGGGUAGCAGGACAUGGACGGAUUGUCUACGAACAACUGGCGAUCGGCCAACUGGUCAUGUCACAGAUGUGGAGGAGGGCCACGAGUACCAAUUCCGCGUGAUCGCGCUGAACAAGGCUGGACCUGGCGAACCAUCAGAGCCCAGCAAAUCGGUCAUUGCUAAACCUAGGUUCUUGGCCCCACACAUCGACCGAAAGAACUUACAAAAACGCAAGAUCAAACUCGGACAGACACUCAAGUUUGAAGCCGACGUCAAGGGUGAGCCCGAACCGGCCAUCACCUGGACUCUCAAUGAGAAAGUUCUGAAAGCUGACGAGCGACUUAAGAUCGACAACCAGGACUACCACACAUCGUUCACACUGCAGAAAGUCACUAGAGCUGACGGUGGGAAAUACACAGUGACUGCUAAAAAUGAUAGUGGCGUUGACACGGUUGAGAUUGAAGUUAUGGUUGUUAGCAAACCUGCUAAACCAAAGGGACCCCUCAAGGUAUCUGACGUAAAAGCGGACGGCUGCAAGCUUAAAUGGGAAGCGCCAGAGGACGAUGGUGGUGAACCUAUCGAAAAUUACGUGGUAGAGCGUAUGGACACAGAAACCGGUCGCUGGGUUCCUGUUUGUACCACCAAGACCCCUGAGGCUGAUGUUACAGGAUUGAAUGAGGGCAAGGACUAUCUGUUCCGGGUAAAGGCCGUUAAUCCGGAGGGCGAGAGUGAGCCGUUGGUUACUGAAACGGCUACGACUGCCAAGAAUCCCUAUGGCGAACCAGAUGCUCCUGGCAAACCGGAAUUCAAGGACUGGAGCGCGAACCAUGUAGACCUAAAAUGGGAGAAACCUGCCAACGACGGUGGUGCACCCAUUACGGGGUAUAUCGUGGAAAAGAAGGACAGGGAUACCGGCAAGUGGGUGAAGGCCGUUGAGGUACCCGGCAACAAGACAGAUGCCCGUGUACCGGAUCUGAUAGAAGGAAAGACCUACCAGUUCCGAGUGAAGGCUGUCAACAAAGCCGGUCCCGGCAAACCUUCGACUGCCACAGACAACCUUCUUGCUAAGGACAGAUUUGCUCCACCACGUAUAGAUCGCACUAACAUGCGCGAUCUUACAUUGAAGGCUGGACAAAAUAUUAGAUUGGAUAUCAAGGUCACGGGUGAACCUGCCCCAACAAAGACCUGGUUCCACAACAAAGAGCGCCUAUCUACGCGAGAUGAUCUAUCUGUAGACGUAGAAGACUACAGAACCAAAUUGUCCGUUGUGGUAGCCUCUAGGAAGCACAGUGGUACUUAUGUCCUCAAAGCUGAGAACAGCAGCGGAAAGGACGAAGCCUCCAUUCAAGUGAUUGUUUUGGAUGUGCCUGCUAAACCUGAAGGACCGCUGAAGAUAUCUGACGUACAUAAAGAAGGUUGCACACUGAAGUGGAACGCGCCUCUUGAUGAUGGUGGCGCGCCGAUUGAUCAUUACCUUGUGGAGAAGCUUGAUACAGAAACCGGAAGAUGGCUCCCAGCUCUCAAGACCAAGGAGCCAAAAGCUGAGGUCGAGAACUUAGUUCCUGGACAUGAGUACAAGUUCAGGGUUUCUGCUGUUAAUAAUGAGGGUGUCUCUGAACCAUUGGAGGGAGAUCACUCCAUCAUUGCCAAGAAUCCAUUUGAUGAACCAGGCAAACCAGGAACUCCGGAAGUUGUUGACUGGGACAAAGAUCAUGUGGACCUCAAGUGGCAGAAGCCCCUCAAAGAUGGUGGAGCACCCAUUACUGGUUAUAUCAUUGAGAAGAGGGAAGUCGGCUCUCCCAAAUGGGUUAAAGCUUGUGAGGUUGGACCUAAUGAUAACGAGAAAGCUACAGUUGGUAACCUCGAUGAAGGCACUGAAUACGAAUUCAGAGUUAGAGCAGUAAAUGAAGCUGGACCCGGAGAGCCAAGCGAUGCAAGCAAAUCUGUGACAUGCAAGCCACGAAGAUUGGCACCGAAGAUCGAUCGUCGUAGCCUGCGCACGAUUAAAGUUCGUGAGGGUGAACCGAUCUCAUUGGAUGUUAAGGUCUCCGGUGAACCACCACCAGAUGUUACAUGGUCUCUUAACGGCAAGAUGGUCACCAGCGGCAAUGGACUCAAAUUGGUUAAUGUGCCUUACUUGAGCAAGUACCAACAUUCGAGUCCACGUCGCAAGGAUUCUGGCACAUACAAGAUCCAGGCUAUCAACAAGUACGGAUCAGACACAGCUGAAGUUGAAAUUACUGUCGUUGGUAAGCCAGACAAACCAGAAGGCCCGCUCGAGGUGUCGGACAUCCACAAAGAAGGAUGCACGCUGAAAUGGAAACGGCCCAAGGACGACGGUGGUGAACCAAUCGAAGCCUACCUGGUCGAAAAGUUCGAUACAGAAACUGGAUCAUGGUUGCCAGUUGGCAAGACCAUUGGAAAUGUACCUGAAAUGGAGGUUGAUGGAUUAAUUCCUGGCCACGAGUAUAAGUUCCGCGUGAAGGCCAUUAACAAGGAAGGUGAAUCUGAACCACUGGAGACCUUCGGACCCAUCGUCGCGAAGGAUCCGUUCACCACUCCAGACGCUCCAUCCGCACCAGUACCAGAUGACUGGUCUGCCAACCAUGUGGACCUCAAAUGGGAGCCGCCCGUAUCAGAUGGAGGUUCACCUGUUAUUGGUUACAUCGUAGAGAUGAAAGACAAGUACAGUCCACUUUGGGAGAAAGCAGUUGAGACGCACACACCAAAUCCAGCUGCAACUAUUAAUGGCUUAAUAGAGGGCAAUGAGUACCAAUUCCGAGUCAUUGCAAUCAACAAAGCUGGACAGAGCAAACCGUCUGAAGCGAGCAAGAACUUCGUGGCGAAACCUCGCUUCCUCGCUCCCAAGAUUGACAGGCGUUACCUUCGUGACGUCACCCUUUCUGCUGGAUCUACGCUGAAGCUGGAAGCUGCAAUAACUGGAGAACCAGCUCCAGCAGUAGAAUGGAGAUACCAGAAUAUGCCACUCCGUCCAUCGAAGGCAGUCACCAUCGAUUCACCAGACUAUUUCACCAAGCUUAGUGUAAGACCCGUAAGGAGAGACGAUUCGGGCGAAUAUACCGUCACAGCUGCCAAUUCAAGCGGGAAGGAUACUGUUACCAUCAACGUGCUGGUCACUGACAAGCCGAACAAGCCCGAAGGUCCUUUGCAGAUUUCCGAUGUCCACAAGGACGGCGCAACGCUAAAAUGGAAGAGGCCGAAGGACGAUGGUGGUGCGCCAAUCGAAUAUUACCAGGUCGACAAACUGGACACCGAGACUGGGGUCUGGGUGCCAUGUGCUAGAUCUGAUGAGCCUAAAUGCGACGUCACUGGGCUUACACCAGGCAAGGAGUACAAGUUCAGGGUAUCCGCGGUCAACUCUGAAGGAGAGUCUGAACCGCUGGUCUCCGAGACUAGCAUUGUCGCUAAGAACCCAUACGAUGAACCUGGUGCACCAGGAACUCCAUCCGUCACCGAUUGGGACAAAGACCACGUGGACCUUAAAUGGACUCCACCGAAAGAAGACGGUGGGGCACCUAUUGAGGGUUACAUUGUGGAAAAGAAGGAUAAGUUUGGAAACUGGGAGAAAGCAUUGGAGGUACCCGCUGAUAAGACCACAUGUACAGUACCUGAUCUUAUUGAAGGGCAGACCUAUGAGUUCCGUGUACGUGCUGUCAAUAAGGCUGGCCCGGGUGUACCAAGUGACAGUACACACCCAAUUGUCGCCAAACCCAGAAAUUUGGCGCCAAAGAUUGACCGGACCAAUCUUAUUGAUGUUAAGAUCAAGGUCGGACAGAAGUUUGCGUUCGAUGUCAAGGUAUCUGGGGAACCUAUGCCCGAAACCAAAUGGUUCCUUGGCAAAAGGGAAGUUAAAUCAGGCGGUGAUGUCAAAGUACAGCAUUCUGAUUACAACACCAAGAUUACUUGCAAGGCGGCAAGACGAGGUGAUAGUGGAAAAUACACAAUCACCGCUGAGAACAGCAAUGGAAAGGACGUCGCUGAAGUUGAAGUUAUUGUUUUGGACGUGCCUAGUCCACCCGGAGGUCCACUCAAGGUAUCCGACGUGCACGCCAAUGGUGCCAAGCUGUCUUGGAAUCCACCAGCAGACGAUGGCGGUCAGCCUAUUGAUAAAUAUAUUGUAGAAAGAAUGGAUGAAGCAACUGGAAGAUGGGUUAAUGCUGGCGAAACCGAUGGCCCCGCUACCAGCCUAGAAGUUGAUGGACUACAGCCCGGACACAAGUACAAGUUUAGAGUUCGCGCUGUUAACAGACAAGGCAAAUCGGAACCGUUAACAACACCACACGCAACUGAAGCCAAGAAUCCGUUCGAUGUUGCAAGCAAACCUGGAACACCAAAGAUUAGGGACUUUGACAGAGACUUUGUUGAACUAGAAUGGACCCGUCCAGAGAGUGACGGCGGAGCUCCUAUUACUGGAUACGUCAUUGAAAAGAAGGAUAGAUUCGCACCAGAUUGGGAAGAAUGUGCCCAGAUUGAAGGUGAUGUAACAUCCGGAAAAGUACCUGAUCUCAUUGAAGGCAAUACUUACGAAUUCAGAGUACGUGCUGUUAACAAAGCUGGUAAAGGAGAACCUAGCGACGGAACGGCACCACAUCUCGCAAGACCCAAAAACCUUCCACCGAAGAUCGAUAGAAACUUCAUGUUUGAUAUUAAGAUUAAGGUUGGACAAAACUUCGAAUUGGAUGUUCCCGUUAUUGGCGAGCCCACACCUACAAAAGAAUGGAUUCAUGAGGACAAUCUCGUAUUUAACAGCGAUAGGGUGAAAAUUAUUAACGAUGACCACUCCACAAAGAUCAGGGUCGUUGAUGCAAAACGCGCAGACACAGGUUCCUACACGCUUAAAGCCAAGAAUAUUAACGGUACGGAUUCUGCCACAGUAAAAAUUCUGGUUAUGGACGUACCCACAGCGCCCGAGGGUCCAUUGCGUGCAGAUGAUAUCACCAAGAGUGGCUGUUCACUCAGAUGGAGGCCACCAAAAGACGAUGGUGGUUGUGAAAUUACUCACUACGUUGUUGAAAAAAUGGACCAAGAAAAUCUACGAUGGAUUCCAGCUGGAGAAGUUCAAGGCUGUCAUAUUCGUAUUGACCAUUUGAUUGAAGGACACGACUACAACUUCAGAGUCCGUGCGGUCAAUAAGCAAGGGGAAUCUCAGCCAUUGGUCGGCCAAGAGCCGAUUACCGCUAAAGAUCCCUAUGGAACACCAGACAAACCUGGAACUCCAGUGGUUAAGGAUUGGGACAAAGACCAUAUGGAUAUCGAAUGGGUGCCGCCCAAGAAAGACGGAGGAUCCCCGAUUACUGGCUACGUCAUCGAAGCGAGAAAGAAAUACGGACCUUGGGAAGUGGCCGCCACUGUACCUGGAAACAAAACAACAGCUACAGUACCAGGCUUACAAGAGGGCGAAGAAUAUGAAUUCAGAGUUAUCGCUGUUAAUAAGGCUGGCAACGGCGAGCCAAGUGACGCGUCUACGCCUCAAGUGGCGAAAGCAAGAUUCUGUGCACCGACAUUUGACAAACUUCUUUUGUGUGAUAAAACUGUUAAGGCUGGACAGAGAAUCCAAUAUGAAAUACCGAUAGAAGCCUCACCGAAACCAACAGUUGAAUGGCAGAUUAAUGGCAAGCCCGUCCAACCUUCCGACAGAAUCGACAUUCAAGUUUUACACAACAGGGUUAUUCUAGACAUUCCAUUCUCCGUUCGUGCAGACGGAGGCGUUUACAAAUUGACCCUCAAAAAUGAUCUCGGAGUUUGCUCGGCGUCUGCCCAAGUCGUUGUAUUAGACAAACCAUCGAGGCCAGAAAAACCAUUAGUGGUAUCUGAUAUCACUAAAGAUUCUUGCUCCUUGUCGUGGAAAGUGCCUUUGGACGAUGGUGGUUCACCAAUUCUACAUUACGUUAUUGAGAAAAUGGAUUUGUCUCGCGGUACAUGGUCCGAUGCUGGAAUGAGCACGUUCUUAUCACACCAAGUAACUAGACUUAUUCACAAGAAAGAAUACCUAUUUAGAGUAAGCGCCGUAAAUGCAAUCGGUCAAUCAGAACCAUUAGAAUUAGAUCGCGCAAUAAUCGCAAAGAACGAAUUCGACGAGCCUACAGCUCCUGGUAAACCUCAAGCAACAGACUGGAGCAAAAAUCACGUCGAUUUGGAAUGGGCGCCGCCAAAAUCAGAUGGUGGUUCACCUAUCACUGGAUACAUCAUUCAAAAGAAAGAAAAAGGCAGCCCCUACUGGGUUAAUGCUGCACACGUUCCAGCUAACAAGAAUAAAGCCACAGUGCCUGAUUUAGUAGAAGGACAAGAUUAUGAGUUCAGAGUUAUCGCUGUUAACCAAGCGGGACAAUCUGAACCAAGUGAACCUUCAGACAUUAUUACCGCUAAAGAUAGAUUCGUGGCGCCAAAGAUACUUACCCCACUUAAAGAGAUCAGCAUCAAAGCUGGUCUUAUAUUCCAUUUGGAUGUAGACUUUAUCGGUGAGCCGAUUCCUGAGGUCAAAUGGACAUGUGACGGAAAACCAGUUGUCACAAACGAAAGGACAACAGUUACAUCUGUCGGUCAUCACACUAUUAUUCAUACAGUCAACUGCAAGCGCUCAGAUGCUGGUAAAUAUCAUCUUUCACUUAAAAACGAUUCCGGUUCUGAUGAAGGAAGCUUUGAGUUGAUAGUGCUCGAUGUGCCUGGUCCGCCGCAGCCACCAUUUGAAUAUGAAGAAAUUACUGCGCAAUCAGUCACAUUAUCAUGGAAAGCGCCCAAAGAUAACGGUGGCAGUGAACUGACUGCUUACGUUAUUGAAAAGAGAGAUUUGACACAUGGCGGCGGAUGGGUGCCAGCCGUCACCUAUGUUAAUCCGCGAAACACUCAUGCAACUGUACCGAGGUUAGCUGAAGGUACUAAGUAUGAAUUCAGAGUGUUCGCCGAAAACUUACAGGGACGCUCGGAACCGUUAGUGACCGAUAAACCUGUUGUUGCUAAAAAUCAAUACACAGUUCCUGGCAAGCCCGGCAAACCAGAACUUGUUUCUGCAGACAAAGAUCACAUUAAAAUUAAAUGGUCUUCUCCUAUAUCUAAUGGCGGAUCAAACAUUCUCGGCUACGAUGUUGAAAGGAGGGACAAAGCUACUGGCCGAUGGAUUAAGGUGAACAGAGAACCUGUGAGAUUUAGUGAAUAUAACGAUGAGAGGGUACAAGAAGGUCACCAGUAUGAAUACAGAGUGUCUGCAGUUAAUGCAGCAGGCGCCGGUCAGCCAUCGGACGAAUCGAAUGUAUUUAUCGCUAAACCAAUGAAAGAAAAACCAAAAUUAAGCUUAGACCAUCUUAUUGGGCGAAAGAUCAAGGUGCGAGCGGGAGAACCAAUCAACGUAAACAUUCCAAUCGCCGGUGCGCCAACACCGACUAUCUCAUGGACCAAAGGAUCGAUUCCUCUUGUACCUUCGCACAGGCUGUCUUCUGAGACAAAGUCUGACGUCACAAAACUUUGCAUCGAGAAGUCUACAAGAGACGAUGCCGGAAAAUACACUAUCACAGCAUCUAACGAUCACGGCAAAGAUUCGGCUGAUAUUGAAAUCACUGUCGUAGAUAAACCAGGAUCACCAAAGGGACCAUUAUCAUGCACGCCAAUUACUCACGAUACAAUAAGCCUAACGUGGUAUCCACCUACCGAUGACGGUGGCAGUGAAAUCACUGGUUACAUUGUUGAAGUAUCUGAAUUUGGAGUCAACGACUGGCGUACAGUUGCUGGAUUCUGUCCUAAAUGCUCAUUUAAUGUUAAGAACCUAACGGAGGGUAAGAAAUACGUGUUUAGAGUACGAGCUGAAAACUUAUAUGGUAUCUCCGAGCCAUUGGAGAGCAAACCUAUUGUGGCCAAAUCACCAUACGAUCCUCCAGAUGCACCUGAUACUCCUAGAAUAACAGGUUACAGCGCAAACAGCUGUUCCCUCGAAUGGGAACCACCGACAAAUACUGGUGGAAAACCUAUCACUGGAUACUAUGUUGAAAAGAGAGAACGCGGUGGUGAAUGGAUCAAGGUUAAUAACUACCCGACUCCCAACACGUGUUAUACUGUUCAAGACUUGCGUGAAGGAAACAGAUACGAAUUCCGUGUUAUUGCUGUCAACGAGGCCGGACCAGGUAAACCCAGCAAGCCUACAGACUCUAUUGUUGCCGAAACUCAAAGACGUAAACCGAGUGCUCCAGAAGCGCCUAAACCAGAUAGAGUUACUAAAGACUCUGUUACGUUAUCUUGGAGGCCACCAAAGAGUGACGGUGGAUCUCAAAUCAAGGGCUAUAUCGUUCAACAAAAAGGUAAAGGUGACAAAGACUGGAAGGAUGUUAACGACACACCGAUUCCAACUUUGGUACACACGGUGCCUAAGCUCAAAGAAGGGGAAGAAUACCAAUUCAGGGUCAUCGCCGUCAAUGAUGUCGGUAAAUCGGAACCUAGCAAGCCCACUUCAGAUAUUACUAUCGCCGAACAACCAAACAAACCUUGUAUGGACCUCGGUGGUGUGCGAGACAUUACAGUUCGCGCUGGCGAAGACUUCUCAAUCCACGUACCGUAUGUCGGCUACCCGCAACCGACAGCAUCAUGGUUCGCCGACGACAACCUACUCGAUGUUGAAGGAGACUCGAGAAUAUUCCAGAAGAUAACACCAGACUCUGCAUCUCUUGUUGUCAAAAACGCAAAGAGGUCAGACGGUGGACAAUACCGCUUACAAUUACGUAAUCCUUCAGGAUAUGAUACGGCCACUAUCAAUGUCCGCGUUUUGGAUAGGCCUGGAAAGCCGGAGAAUCUUCGUGCGGAUGAAUUUGAAGGCGAAGCUCUCACGUUAUACUGGAACCCACCGAAGGACAAUGGUGGUGGUGAAAUCACCAACUACGUUGUCGAAAGGCGCGAGGCUCGCACUCCAACGUGGACCAAAGUAUCCGGUUACGUCACGACACCGUUCUUACGGGUGAAGAACUUAUCAGUCGGCAGGAGCUACGAGUUCCGCGUCAUGGCUGAGAACCAGUAUGGACAAUCUGAACCGGCACAAACGCUCGAACCGAUCCGAGCGAGACAUCCCUUCGAUCCGCCCGGAGCACCUGGCGCGCCCAGAUCUGUGGAAACCACAGAAUCUUCGAUCACUGUCACCUGGACGAAGCCACGACACGAUGGAGGAUCUCCUAUUACUGGUUACAUUCUUGAAAAGAGAUUAAUAACCGAGGACAAAUGGACAAAAGCUUCCCACGCAUACAUUCCAGACACUACCUACAAAGUUACAGGCCUUAUAGAAAACCACGAAUACGAAUUCCGUGUGGCAGCAGUUAAUGCGGCCGGUCAAGGUCCUUACUCGGCCAGUUCGGACGCGAUACGCGCGUGCGCACCACCUAAUGCGCCGAGGAUCACAAGUGACCUUAGUCUCAGGGACAUUACGGUGAUUGCUGGAGAAGAGAUUAAGAUCACUGUACCUUUCACUGGCAACCCCAGACCGAAGGUAUCAUGGAUCGUAAACAACGACGAAGUAUUCCCGGAUCAUCGCAUCCGGUUUGUGACAUCAGACAUCGAUACUGUCUUCUACAACUCUAGCGCAAAGAGAUCUGACACAGGCUCAUACACUGUGAAACUUGUGAACCCAGAGGGAUCGGACAGCGGUACUUGCAGAGUUCUUGUGGUAGACAGACCAUCACCGCCGGUGGGUCCAAUGGAAGCAUCCGACAUCACACCAGACACUUGCACGGUUUCAUGGAAACCGCCGCUAGAUGAUGGUGGUUCGCCAAUUACCAAUUACAUUGUUGAGAAGAUGGAUAAUACAGGAGUAUGGUCAAAGAUAUCAUCAUUCGUCCGAGGCUGCCAUUACAACGUGAUGGGCCUGGAACCAGAACGCAAAUACCUGUUCAGAGUACGCGCCGAGAACCAAUAUGGAAUCUCGGAGCCACUAACAAUGGACGACCAUGUUACUGCUAAGUUCCCCUUCACGGUACCGGAUGCGCCAGGUGUCCCACGGGUCAUAGACUGGGACGGCUCCACAGCCACUGUCAUAUGGGACAGACCCAGAUCCGACGGCGGUGCUCGCAUUCAGGGAUACAAGAUCGAGUACAGAGACGUCCGGGACAACAUUUGGACUAGCGCUGAUUAUCUCGUCAAGGAUUGUAACUACCAAGCCUACAACUUGGAACCAGGCCACGAGUACGAGUUCCGCGUGCGCGCUAAGAACGCAGCCGGGUUCAGCAAGUACUCUGCUACGUCGCAAGUGUUUAAGGUUCGAGGCCGUGCAGGACCACCAUCUGCGCCGAGGUCGCCUAGAGUGCUGCGCGUGGGUAGAAAUUACGUUGAUGUCGCGUGGGAUGCACCAGCUAAUGACGGAGGAUCUCGUAUAACUGGCUACAUCAUUGAACGCCGCGAGCUAUCCAGCUCAGUAUGGGUGAAGUGCAAUGACUACAUUGUACUGGACACUAGCUUCACAGCACUGAAUCUCAGCGAGAAGGCUGACUUCGAGUUUAGGAUUAUUGCUGUGAACGCUGCUGGCAAAUCCGAGCCAUCAACAUGUACAACACCAGUGAGGACCGGCGAAGAAGUAGGUGGUGCUAAGCCCGAAUGGCUCAAGAAAUUGGCACCUCACUUGAAUGCGCCCAUGGGCAGACCGUUCACUUUGGAGUGUGUCGCGUCCGGCAGUCCAGUGCCCACGGGCAGAUGGAUGAAGGGCGGCCGUGAGGUCGUGCUUGGUACAAGAUUCAUAGCUGAGUCACGCGAGGGUACCCUGCGAUUGAACAUCCUGGAGGUGACUGAAGCUGACGAGGGCGACUACACAUGUGAAGCCUCCAACUCCAUUGGGCACAUCAACUGCACAGCGCAUCUGAAGAUCGGAAGCCCACCAAGAAUCACCAGAAUGCCUGGUGACCUGCAUCUACCUGAGCAUGACAACACAAAGAUCAAGAUUCUGUACACGGGCGACCAGCCCGCUGACGUCACGAUAUCUAAGGACGGCCGCACCCUCAGUGAAUCACCACACUUCAAGUUCACCGUUUUCGAUGACUACAUCCUUAUAUUUAUCAAGGACAUCACCAAGGAUGACAUGGGCUGUUACAAGAUCACCAUCAAGAACAGUUCUGGUGAAGUAUCAGACACGUUCUCAGUCACUGUCACUGGUUUACCUGGACCACCACAAGGCCUGGAAGUGGCAGACAUCACCAGGCACACUUGCACACUGGCCUGGAAACCACCCAGCUAUGAUGGCGGCAUGCCUAUCACCCACUAUGUGGUUGAGAGGAUAGAUAUUUCUGGAACGACCUGGAUCACCAUUGCGUCAUCUGUUAGGGAUACCAGGUUCACUGUACAUGGUCUUACGGAAGGUCAAGAAUAUAACUUCAGGGUACACGCUGCCAAUGAUAAUGGUAUAGGUCCUGGCCUUGAGGGUGUUAACCCUGUGAAGGCCAAGGCACCGUUUGACCCACCAUCAGCGCCUGGAAUUCCAAAGAUUGUGGAGGUUGGUGGACACUUCGUUCACCUCGAAUGGGACAAACCCGAAAGUGAUGGAGGCGCUAGAAUACAGGGUUACUGGGUGGAUAAACGCGAAGUAGGAUCUCAGAGCUGGCAACGGGUGAACCCAGGUCUUUGUGUUGCCACGCAGCUGAACUGCGCGAAUCUCAUAGAGGGACGCCAGUACGAGUUCAGAGUGAUUGCGCAGAACGAGGCCGGUCUAUCACCGCCCAGCACGAACAGCCAACAAGUGCGCGCACAGGAUCCAGCAGCUGCGACACCACCAGAAGUAGUGAAGCCACUAAAGAACGCCAACUGCAUCCAGUACCACAAUGCCAAAUUCCAGUGCACCAUCACAGGUGUGCCGCGGCCUACCAUUACUUGGUACAAGGGUGCUCGUGAAAUCACAAAUGGACCGAGAUACCGCAUUUGGAGUGAGGGAGACAACCACUUCCUUACGGUUCUGGAAGUUUACGGCGAAGACGCUGAUGAGUACCAGUGCAGAGCAGUCAACAAGGCUGGUGCUAAGAGCACUAGGGCAGAACUGCUUAUAAUGACUGCACCAAAAUUGAAUGUGCCGCCGCGCUUCCGCGACACCGCCUACUUCGACAAGGGUGAGAAUGUGGUGAUCAAGGUUCCAUUUACUGGUCACCCAAUACCCAAGAUAACGUGGGUGCGAGAGGGAGAGACUAUUGAAUCUGGUCUGCACUACCACGUUGAGAGGAAAGAACGCCACGCAAUCCUGACUAUUCGGGACGCAAGUAAACUUGACUCUGGACCAUACCGCAUUACGGCUGAGAACGAGUUAGGACAGGACUCGGCUAUCAUUCAUAUUGAGAUUAGCGACCGUCCGGACCCACCACGUUUCCCAGCCGUCGACAACAUCGGCGUGGACUCGCUGGCUUUGAGUUGGCGUGCACCACUCUGGGAUGGCGGUUCAGAUAUCACCAAUUACUUGGUUGAAAAACGUGAACACCCUAUGUCUAGCUGGAUAAGGGUUGGAAAUACUAGGUUUACAACAAUGGCUAUCACGGGCUUGGCUUCAGGCAAACAGUACGAAUUCCGCGUCUACGCUGAGAACAUCUACGGCCGUUCGGAGCCAAGCGAGCCCACGUCUCUGGUGCAGACCAAGGCUAUCAUCAAGAAGGAGUUCAAAAAGAAGGAAUACCCUGUUGACGAAACCGGCAAACGAAUCCGAACGAACGCUGAUCACGGACCAGUCAAAGAUUACGACAGUUACGUGUUUGACAUCUACAGCAAAUACGUGCCACAACCUGUCGAGAUACAGACCUGCUCGGUUUACGACAAAUACGACAUUCUCGAGGAGAUUGGUGACUUCGUGAGAACGUCUAAACGGAAAACUGCCAGAGGCACAGGUGCGUUCGGCGUGGUACAUCGUUGCAGAGAAAGGGCGACUGGCAACAUUUUCGCUGCUAAAUUCAUUCCGGUGACUGGCGCUAUGGAGAAGGAGCUGAUCAAGAAGGAAAUUGACAUUAUGAACCAGCUGCAUCACAGAAAGCUGAUCAAUCUACACGAUGCAUUUGAAGACGACGAUGAAAUGGUCUUGAUAUUCGAAUUCUUAUCCGGAGGAGAACUGUUUGAGCGUAUUACGGAACCUGGAUACAAUAUGAGCGAGGCAGAAGCCGCGCACUACAUGAGACAAGUCUGCGAAGGAGUUAAACACAUGCACGAGCAAAAUAUUAUCCACCUCGAUCUGAAGCCCGAGAACGUCAUGUGCCAGACGAGAACUGGUACUGAUGUUAAGAUAAUCGACUUUGGUCUAGCAACUAAGUUGGAUCCAAACGAAGUUGUAAAGAUUUCAACGGGCACCGCAGAAUUUGCCGCACCUGAAAUAGUCGAGCGCGAACCAGUUGGCUUCUACACUGAUAUGUGGGCUGUUGGUGUGCUCUCUUACGUUUUAUUGUCUGGUCUUUCGCCGUUCGCGGGUAACAACGACAUCGAAACCCUGAAGAACGUGAAGGCUUGCGAUUGGGAGUUUGAUGAAGAAGCUUUCCAGCACGUAUCAGAUGAUGCCAAGGACUUCAUCAGACGUCUGUUGAUUAAAAACAAGGAAAAACGCAUGACUGCGCACGAGUGCCUUGCGCACAAAUGGCUGGCAGGAGACACAUCGUCGAGAACUGCCACUAUUGCGGCGAGAAGAUACGAAGCAAUGCGCGACAGACUGCGUAGAAGAUACGAGAACUGGUCAUCGUUUGUAUUACCCAUUGGAAGGAUAAGCGAAUACAGUUCUCUACGUAAAUUACUAAUUGAGAAAUGGAAGAUUUACGAUGGACAGUUUGAUCGUCGUCAAGCAGCGCCAAGAUUCGUGAUCAAGCCACAAUCUGCGUUCUGCUACGAAGGACAAUCAGUGAAGCUGUACUGCCGAAUUAUUGCGUGUGCAACGCCCACAGUGACAUGGUCUCAUAACAACAGGGAAUUGAGACAGUCUGUUAAAUACAUGAAGAGGUACGCUGGUGAUGACUACUACUUCAUAAUCAACCGAGCCAAACUGGAAGACCGCGGUGAAUACAUCAUCCGCGCUGAGAACCACUAUGGAUUCAGAGAAGAAGUUGUCUUCUUAAACGUACAACCUGUACCAAAGGUACAAAGACAACAUGUGCCCGAAGCACCUCGACGUCGCGAGGCCACCCCAUACACCUUCUGGCAAGAAAGCAGCGAGACUGCGCCGUCCUUCACCUUCCAGUUGCGGCCGAGAGUUAUGCAAGCUAGGGACACCUGCAAACUGCUCUGUUGUUUGAGCGGUAAACCUCCGCCAACUGUCAAGUGGUACAAGGACAAACGUGAGCUAUCUAAAUAUGACUACGCUAUGACGAACUCUGAUGGAGUAGUUACAAUGGAAAUUAUCGACUGCCGACCAGAAGACAGUGGAAAGUACUCUUGUGUCGCUACAAACGUACACGGUACUGACGAAACAUCUUGUGUUGUCAUUGUUGAAGGUGAAGUAGUAAGCGCGGAGCAAGCUGCGCUAGCCCACAACUUACUGCACUCGGGUGAGAGGCGGUAUAUCGAAAAACCGCUCAAACCUGCGCCUGUGCCGAUCAUUACGAAAACAAAGGUGACAAUUGACCCACCAAGCAAGUCUUCCACAAUCCAAAGGCCCAAAUACUCGCCACAAAGCUCAGUUGAGGCCAGCAAGAAGAAAUACGGCGCAAAACUGGAUUCGGACUCCGCGUCACGGUCUAGGAGCGCGACCAAGGAAUUAAUUUUACCAGCAUCAGACUCUUCGAUGUGCGCGCCGUCCUUUGCACGCGCGCUACCAGAUACAUGGGCGGCAAGAGAUGGCGCCCCACUACUUCUUUCAUGUGCGGUGCGUGGAGACCCCGACCCCAGGGUCGAGUGGUUCAAGAACGGACAGCCGUUGCACUCUUCAGAGGUGGUAGACCUCAAGUACAAGAAUGGUGUAGCAUCGCUCGCCAUCAACGAAGUAUUCCCAGAAGAUGAAGGCAUCUACUCACUGAAGGCUAUCAACAGCCAAGGUGAAGUGGAGACCAAGUGUACCGUCAGUGUUAAAGCAUCAGACGGAGGCGCGAAUUCGAAGAUGGGCGACAAACCACCGAGGAUAGUCGACCACGCAAUAUCACAAAUUGUGAAUGACGGAGACGCUGUUACGCUGUCCUGCAGGAUAACGGGAGCGGAGCGCUUUGAUGUAGUGUGGCUGCACAAUAAUAAGGAGAUAAAGCCGUCGAAGGACUUCCAGUACUCGAGCGAGGCAAACAUUCACAAAUUACACAUUGCUGAAAUUUUCCCAGAGGAUGCCGGUGUAUACACCUGCGAAGCGUUCAAUGACGCGGGCGAAUCUUUCUCGUCGUGCACACUCGUAGUGCGCGUUUCUGGCGAGACUAUCACCACACCUCAAUACACCAGCUUCCCCAACUCAGCUACAGUAGUCAGCGGGGAGCCAGCCGUUUUCCUAACGGAGUUGGACAAGCCACCACUCCAACUCCAAUGGUUAAAGGAUGGCAAACCGAUCGACGAAUCCUCGACUCGCUACAGAUUCACGAUGGAAGACACAUCCAAGUACCGAUUUGAGAUCGCCUCCAGCUCGACCGAUGACAGCGGCCAGUACCAGGCCAGAGCCGCCGGAUCCAAGGGCGAUGCCUUCGCGGCCUUCUACCUUAACGUAGUCGACAAUUGA